AUGCACGUUGCAUCGUUAGUUAUUGCUCUCUAUGCCUUCGCGGCGAAUGUCUCAGCCCAGAAACAUCCAGACUACUACACGGUCAUCAAAAAUCUGCAGAAUGGGUUGAAUGUCACGCUCAAUGGCACAAGGCGCUCUGUCGAGUUUGGUGCCGGAAGCCCUUGCCGCUAUUGGAAGUCUUACGAUGCUGGCAAUACUAAAAACUGGAGGUAUUAUGGUAUCGCCGGUUCCGGUUACUAUGUAUAUCUUCGAUACCUCAAAUACCUCUCUGGUGCAAUUGCACAAGCAGACACGACGGCUCCAUCGCUGUUUCGCCUCGAAAACGAUGAGCAUGCAUCCUACAUUAUUAGCCUUGAAACCGACGCUACUGGCCAAAAACUCGCCUGGACUGCCGAAACCAACGCCACCGACCCUCGUGGGAACAUGAUCGUGAAACUACGUCCAUACGACCGUAGUGACAACCAGAAAUUCGCUCUUACCGAAGAGUAUAUAAACCCAGAUGAUUGUUAG